GGCAAAACAGAUGCGAAUAAAAGCACUCCUGUCAACUGAGAAUAACAAGCAAGGUUAAAAAGGAAAUCAAAUAAAGCCAUAAAUCAAAAUAUUUUCCAUUUCCUUCAGAAAACCCCAAAAUUCUUCUCCUUCUCCAGCAGAUGAUCAAGGCAAGAUUUCAAACUGGAAAAAGUAGAGUAUGCAGAACACAAGGAUACAUUACAGGUAGUCCUCAACUUACAACCGUUCAUUGAAUGACUGUUCAAAGUUACAGUGCCACUGAAAAAAGUGACUUAUGACCAUUUUUCACACAUGACUAUUGCAGCAUGUCCCCAUGGUCAUGUGAUUUAUAUUUGGAUUCCUUGGCAACUAACUCACAGUUUUAACGGUUAUGACAUAGGAGAGAAGCCCUACAAAUGUUCCCAAUGCAGUGAGCAUGGCAACUAGGUGAUACAUUAGAGAACUCAUACCAGGUAGGAACCCUUUGAAUGCUCUGAUUGUGGGAAAAGUUUUGGUCAGAACUCCGGCCUGGUGAUACUCUAGAAGAUGCACACAGAAAAGAAAUCAUAUGAGUGUCCUGAUUGUGGGAAAUGUUUCAGUGGGAAUUCCAAGUUGGUGAUUCACCAAAGGACUCACACUGGAGAGAAACCCUUUGAAUGUCCCGAUUGUGGGAAUAGUUUCAGCCAGAAUUCCCACCUCAUGGUACACCAGAGGACUCACACAGGCGAGAAACCCUUUGAAUGUCCUGAUUGUGGGAAAUGUUUCAGUUUGAAUUCCAACCUGGUGAAACACCAGAGGAUUCACACAGGAUACAAGCCUUUUGAAUGUACUGAUUGUGGGAAAACUUUCUGUCAGAAUUCCAACCUGGUGAAACACCAGAGGACUCACACAGGAUUCAAGCCCUUUCAAUGUUCUGAUUGUGGGAAGUGUUUCACUAUAAAAUACCAGCUCAUGAGUCACCAGAGGAGUCACACAGGAGAGAAACCAUUUGAAUGUGCUCUUUGUAGGAAAAGUUUCAGUCAGAAUUAUCAGCUGGUGAUACACCAGAGAGCUCACACAGGAGAGAAACCUUUUGAAUGUGCUCUUUGUGGGAAAAGUUUCAGACAGAAUUCCCAGCUGGUGGUACACCAGAGGACUCACAUAGGAGAGAAACCAUAUGAUUGUCCAGUUUGUGGGAAAAGUUUCAGUGACAAUUCCAACCUGGUGAAACACAAGAGGAUUCAUACAGGAGAGAAAUCAUAUCAGUGCCAAUAUUGUGAGGAAAGUUUCAUUAAAAAAUUCCAGCUCACAAGUCACCAGAGGACACACACAGGAGACAAACCCUUUGAAUGCCCUUACUGUGGGAAAAGUUUUAGUCACAAUUUCCGCCUGGUGAUACACCAGAGGAUUCACACAGGAGAGAAACCCUUUGAAUGUCCUGUUUGUGGAAAACGUUUCAUUAAAAAUUACUACCUCAUGAUACAUCAGAGGACACACACAGGAGAGAAACCUUUUGAAUGUCCAGAUUGUGAAAAACGUUUCAGUCAGACUUCCAGCCUGGUGACUCACCAGAGGACUCACACAGGAGAGAAACCGUAUGAGUGUCCUGUUUGUAGCAAAUGUUUCAGUCAGAAUUCCAACAUGGUGAUACACCAGAGGACUCACACAGGAGAAAAACUCUUUGAAUGUCCUGAUUGUGAGAAAACUUUCAAUCAGAAUUCCAGCCUGGUGACACACCAGAAGACUCACACAAGAGAGAAACUGUAUUAGUCUCCUGUAUGUGACAAAUGUUUCAGUCAGAAUUCCAACAUGGUGAAACAGCAGAGGACUCACAUGGGAGAUACCUUUCAAACGUGCAGUCUGUGGACGGGGCUUCAGGUGUAAAUUACUUCUUAUUGUAUACAAGGAAAUCCACAUGAGGCAAAAUUUGAUGUGUUUAGAGAAGGCUUGAAUUUCAUUCCUGAUCUCCCAUUGAGAGUGUAGGUGAGAGAAUGACUCUUUGAAUCCUGGCCUGAUUCUUUUUAUGCAACACAUCUCAGAUUUAGACCAGUAGGUGGAGAGAAAAAGGUGGAAACUGUUUCAUAAAGGCUGUUCAGAAAUUGUGAAAUUUCUCAAAAAGGUUUUUGGGUGGUAGUUUUUGUAUAUUGAUUGUGGAAUUCCACCAUGUGGAGUUUCCGUCUUCUACCUUGAUGUCCUCCGGAUUAUGUGUGCCAUAAUUCCCCAGCCCCAUACAAGUAGUCCUCAAGAUACAACUAUAAUGGAGCUUGCCAAUUUUGG